UUUAAAUUGUAGCUGUUACUGUGUGAGCAUCAUUGCGUUGUGAUACGUCUCUCAAAUCGGGCGCGGCUUGGGUUCUAUACUGGUUCUAUAAGAGUGACAAAAUGAGUGUGUUUGAAGCCCGUGACAAAGUAUUUGUGGUGACCGGCGCGGCCGGGGGGAUCGGCGCAGGAGUGGUCAGAGCCUUUUUGGAAGAGGGAGCGAAGCAUGUAGCCAUUUUAGACGUUGCGGAAGAGGCCGGCAAGGAGUUUGAAAAGGAAUUACUACAAAAGUACGGGUCUGGGAAGGCGAAGUUUUUCAAAUGUGACGUCACCAAUGACGAUCAGCUUUAUACUGCAUUUGAAGAAACUAAAAAGAACUACGGCUUGGACACUGUGAUCAACAAUGCAGCCAUAAUGAAUGAUAGCUUCCGCUCGUACAAGAAACAAAUAGAAAUUAAUGUGACCGCUGUGAUAACGAGUACACUGAAGGCCAUAGAUAUUAUGCGGAAAGACAAAGGUGGGAAUGGUGGAACAGUCAUCAAUAUCUCUUCAAUAGCCGGCCUCAGUCAGUCGCAUUUCCUACCUAUUUACUUUGCGACUAAAAGCGCUGUCAUACAGUUCAGCAACUGUAUCGGGAUGGAGCCAAACUUCAAGGUGACUGGGGUGCGCGUGGUGACCGUCUGCUUCGGGGUCACUGACACCUCGCUGCUCCACGUGCAGAAGAUUGGCACCAUCGAUGAUGAGAGGACCGGGGAGUUCAACACCGCUGUCGAUCACGCUUAUAAGCAAAAAUUGGAGUCAGCGGUGAAUGGCGUGGUGGCUGCAUACAAGGCUGGCGCCAGUGCUAGCACGUGGCUGGCAAACCGAGACCGCCCACCAGUGGACAUCACGCAAGAUGUUAAAGACGCUUACACUGUCAUGUCUACACAGAUGGCUUUAGCUGUUAAGGAGGCACAGUAGUUCUAGAAGUAGUCAGUAUGUUUAUUACCAUUAGUAUAUACCAAAGUAUUCAGUAAGUGGUCUUCCUGUCGUUAGUUAUAAUUAAAAUUAAGUUUAGUAAAUAGAAAUAUAACGUACUUACAUACUUGCCUAUAGCUACGCAAUUAUACUUUAAUCAGACAUUGUGAAACAAACCCUUAAUGUCGUAUUUUAUAGGGGUUGGUUUAGCCAUUUGUUAGAUACAUACCACUACCUGCCAAAAUUUACAGAACUUCCUCUAAAAUAUUGCAUUGCAUACCUAUUAGGUACUUACAAUGAUUUUUCUAAUAAUCAACAUCACUAUGAAUAACUGGAAUAGCUUAUUGUUACUAAUCAAAUUUUCAGUUCAUAGAAUCCUAUAAACUACCCUUAGCAUCUUCAAUAAUUUUUCUUCCUCACUGAGCACAAUAGUUGUUCAGUCUUCUUAUUUUUCUUUUAACUAAACUGAGAAGACGAAUAAAAAAAACAACAUUUCAUGCAAUAAAUAAUUUAUUUUCAAAACAUCUUAUUUUAUGCUGAUAACUUUUCAUAAUUAUCCAUUUAUGUAGAUUUGAAAGUAGGUUCUCUGCUUAUACUCGUACAGCUAUUAAUCAACCAUUAUUGUCCUCCAGGCUGAGACCUGAUUAGUGUUUUUUUUAUUAAAGAAAUUGGAAUAUUUCAGGAGACAUAAUUAAUUAAUUUUCAAUAUUAGCAUGUAAGUAUGUAGGUAGUUAUGUAAGUUUGUUGUAAGAACUUACCUUUAAGAACAUAAUAAUAGAUUUUCAUUUAAUGUAGUAACUAAUGCCA